UCGACGCCAUCGGCAAUGCCGGUACUGCGGUGCGUGAUUCGCGUCCCUCUAGUCACGUGCUAUCUCGUCGAGCCGUCACGCCAGGUGACAACUUGAGUGACGGAACACUACAAGCCGAAAACUAUGCGUUUAAGAGCCUCUAAAACGCUCUUACAAGUGCACAAACAUCUCAUUUUAAAUCCCGCGUAAGUUUCGAGUGCGAAAUGGCUCUAAAAGUGUACUUCAUUGUUUUUAUAGUGUGGAUUGUGAACUGUAAGUGCGAUAUGUGUAACGUGACUCAAUGUGAUUGUCCGUUUAAUAUAACGGUAAAAGAAAGUGGUCAUCAGAUACGAUGUUGUGACAUUCCCAUGCUAACAAAUAAGACUUUUAGGGGGGUUGAAAUAGAAUUCAGUGAAAAAUGUGAUUUUAACAAUAUUAAUUUCGAUGUUCCAAUACUCGAUACGUUUUCAAUUAUCAUGACGAACAAUACUAUUGUGAAACUACGGAUAAACGUUAAAGCCAAUAAUUUACGUGAAUUGAAUUUAUCAUUAAACAGGUUGCAAUAUAUCAGCAAGGAUUUAUUCAGCAAUUACACGAAUCUCCGCGUUCUGAUUUUGAGUAAGAACAGUAUAAAUAAAAUAUCAGCGGAGAGUUUUGUUGGUUUAACCAAAUUAGAAAAACUAGACCUAUCUGAAAACAACUUGACUAAAUUGGAGAACAUAUUUACGCCCUUAAAAAGCCUCCAGCAUCUCAAUUUAAGCAGGAAUAACAUCGAGUUUAUUCUGGAGAAUUAUUUUAAUAAUUGGCUGUUACAACAUUUAGAUGUCUCCCAUAAUAAUCUAAGGAAAUUAGCGCCUGGAGCAUUGCAGUUACUGCCGAAUUUAGCUCGAUUACUCCUGACAGAUAACCCGCAUUUGGGGAUUACACAGUUGGAUACACAAUUGUUAGUUGGCACGGGCCGCAGACUACAGCAGAUCGAUGCAUCGAGAACAGGAUUAUACCAAGUCCCCGAAGCGUUCACACAUUCCGUUCGCUUCCUGUCUCUUGUGGGGAACCAUAUCAGCUCAAUACGCUGUGGAGAUCUAGACAGCUAUCCACUCCUUCAGUCGUUAGACUUUUCAAAUAACAAAAUCAAAUCAAUCGAAGAAGACUCAUUAGGUAGACUGGAAAUGCUCCUAUUUCUGAAUUUAAACAACAAUUCUCUCAUCGUGGUCCCUAAAUCUCUGCCCGAUGAAUUGAAAUAUCUUUCCAUAAAUAAUAAUAUGAUUAAAAACCUCACAUCAGCGGACUUCAAAAGCUUGCCAAACCUUCGUAUCCUAUUAUUGAAAAGCAAUAAAAUACUUUACAUUCAAGAUCACGUGUUUGACGAUUUAUUAUCUCUGGAAAUAUUAGAUUUGUCAAACAACCCACUGCAAAUGCUGUCGCCGAGCACUUUUGAUGGACCAUUAUCUCUCCGAGAUCUAAGAUUAUGUUACUUGAAUAUUUCCGUGCCUGCGAAAGAUGGCUCUUUUCCAAUGUCGUCCCCGGAAAGUGUGCAAAUGCUUCACUUACAAUCUAGUCCUGGUCUUGCCAGACAGUUUUUGGCUGACUCGGCCGCGCUCGCCGCCUUCUCUCAUUUGCAAUAUUUGGAUCUAAGAAUGAACAAUUUACGUAACAUACGAAACGAUCUACUCUUUUAUCUUGUGCAACUAAAGACGCUGAGAUUACACGGUAACAAGAUUAACUGCAGUGCGGAGCUGUGGCUGUCUGAUUGGAUGAAUUGGAAUAAAAGUUUGCUAAACAAUGAAACGUGUUACUAUUCAACGUCCGAAGCGAAAGCAGAAAUAAACAAGUACAACUGUACCUUCCCUGAAACUUUCACAAUAAACGAAAGUUUGCCGCCCGUUAAUUUAUAUAGUACUGAAAUGAUAAAUAAGCUGCUAAGAUAUUACGGGUAUUUAAACAAUAAAACAGAGAGGUCGUCCUUAAAACGUAAUUAUAAUAAUUUUGGUGACAAAAACAAUAGAAUUACGCUGAAUGUAAACGACACUUUUGUUUCGCGGCUUGAAAAGAAUUUCGUGAAUAAUACAAUUAGAAACAAUGAGAAAUUAGAUACUGAAAACAUGAUACAGUAUGAGGAUUAUUAUAAUAGAACCGGGAUUGUGGAAAUAUCUAAAAUAGAUAAAAAUAUCACAUCGCUAGUACCAGAACAUUUGGACGCAAUACUGUCCGAAACUCCGACGAUAUCUGAAAAUAGAACUAUGCUGAAAACGGGAAAUCGGUUGAACACACCUGUGGCCACCAAAGCAUCUCUUACUAGCCUGGCAUUGGAAAAUCAAUACGCACUGAAUAGCAGCGCGAAUAAUACAUACACGACUCCAAAUAAUAUGGAAUAUUCUCAUUACCAGCCGCCGGGCCAUUUCGCCCAAUACUUUGGUAUAGUUUCCGUUUCGUGCUUAAUAGUGAUGUCUUUGGUAUUAUGGCUCAGUAUACGAUUGAGGUAUAAAAGGAGGCAUGCUCCGAGCGUGGACGGAGGGGGGCAGGAACAAAUAGAGGUGUCGAAUAUAUCUGGGGGGGUGCUGUGGUGACAUUUACGAGCAGCCGAUCCAAUGCCAUUUGAAUACGACUCUCUUUUGACAUAGCACUUAAUUUUAAGAGAUCGGCUGCGAUGGAAACUCAUGUGAUAGGACUGGACGUAUUUUUCUAUGAAUAAGUACAAAUAGAUUGUUAGCGUAAGACAUGUAUGUUGUAUAAUUUGUAAAUACCUAUUUAUUUUUAUGAACUGUAUAUAUUAUCUAAGUGUAUAUUUAAUGUAGUAUCGAUUGAGAUUAUAGUAUAUCGAGCUGUGUUAUUAUAUUAUCUCUCGAAGGCAUUAUCAAAACUAGUAAUCAAAAGCAAUACGUAAUAAUAUAUAUGUAAAGUACAAAAAAAUAUAUACAUAAACAAAACAUUAUGAUUCUCUUCAAUUGUCAAAUCAUCAUUUUAUAAAAAUAAAAAAACCAUUUAUAUAUCUAGUUCAAUUGUACUUUCAAUACAAACAAGUUUGAUAUACUAUAAGAGCAAUUGAUAAUGACAUCAAUUGUGAAAACAGAUCAUGUCUUCCCUCGUAUUUCCAUGCAUACAUUAUAAUUUUCUUGAAUAUAUCUCUCAAAUCGGUUACUUGUAACAAAAACUAUAACAGUAUUUCGACGUAAUUUCUUAAGUGCCAAAGUCAUAUCUUUUGUAUUACUGACUGAUUCACUUAAAACAUCAAGUGUCUUUAUGUUCGACACGUAAUUUUGGUAUUUAUGGUAUGAUGGUAUGAACGC